UCCCCAAGCCGCUCCCCAAGCUGCUCCUCUCCAUCUCCCCUGACCCCUCCUCCUCCCCCUCCUCGUCCCUGCCUUCGUGGCUCGCUGGCAGCGGCCACGCCUUCAAUGCCUCCCGCCCCUCUCUCUCUCUGCAAUUGCGCCGCACGGCUCUCCUCGGCUUGUCCAACCGCGGAGCGCCAGCUGGACCCUCGUUUUCCGUGCAGGCAGCGUCAGAGCGACAGGUGCAAGCAGGCAGUAACAGCAGCAGCAGCAGCAGCAGCAGCGGUGGGGGCAGCAGCGGGCCGGGGGGCAGCGGGUGGGUGGUGGUGGAGGGGGGGAGUGGGGUGGACGUGGUGUGGAGCGAGGGGCGCACGGACGUGGGCAGCUGGCGGGCCGUGUUGGACCCAGGCACGUGGCUCCUUGUGCUCUCGCACCCUCGCAGCACCGCUGGUAGGAGUUCCUCCAAUAGCAGCAAUGGUGACAGCAACAAUAGCAGCAGCAGUGGCAGCAGGGAGGGGAAUGGUGGUUGGUGGGCGUCGUUGUGGGGAGGGGCGAGGGGACAGGGGCAGCAGGGAGGGGCUGACCACGAGGGAGGGGAGGGCGAGGAGGUGUGUGUGAGCAUCCAAUGGAAGCUUGCCACGUGUUACUCCCGUGCCAUUGGCCCUCUGUGCCAGUGGCCGCUCAUCCCCCUCGAGCUGCACCUGCUGGCCUGGACCUUCGAGUCUGGACUGGACGCCGUCUAUCUCCCCCCAGCCUCCUCCUCCCCGCCCACCCUCUGGUCCUCCUGGUUCCCCGUCCCCCUCGCGUCCUCGCCCUCCCCCGCGCGCCCCGCGUGGGCCUUCCUCUCGCUCACCCCGCCCUUCGGCGCGCGCGGGGGCGUGAUCACCGUGCAGCUCCGACUCGUGCCCGCUGGGAGUGGGGGAGGGGGAGAGGGGGGGGAGAAAGGGGCGAAGCGAGAGGGUGGAGUGUUGGGGGAGAGUGAUGGAGGCAGCAGCAGCAGCAUGGCGUAUGCAACAGAUAACUCGUCUGCUGUGCCUGCACGUGCGCCCCGCCCCGCGUUUGUGUAUCUCCUGGCUCGUGCGGGCGCCCUGCCGUCCCUCUCCCACUUUGAUGCCUCGGCUGUAGCGCCAGCAGCGGAUAUGGCCCCCAGGGGCGGGCUGCUCUCUCUGGAGCUCAUUCACCCCGCCGAGGUCACCACCUUCGUGGCCGUGGGGCUGGAUGGGGGGGGACCAGGGGGAUGGGGAGGGGGGGGAGCUGGAGCGGGGGCAGGAGAGGGGGAGAUGGAGAUGGAGGGGGAGGGGGAGUGGGCGUGGGAGUGGGAGGUGCGGGUGGUGCAGCACGGGUGCCCCAACGGCUGCUCUGGCAGCCCGUGCCAUGUCAUGGCGGAUGGCGCCUUCCAAUACGGCGUCUACUACUGCUUCUGCGAUCGAUCGCACGGCGGCAUUGACUGCUCGGUUGAGGUCGUCUCCCAGUACGGCAUAGAGCAGCAGCGGUUCGCGCUGGUGGCGAGCAACGUGGUGGCCGUGCUGCCCGCCAUGGCAUCGCUGUACCUGGGGGCGUAUCCCGAGUGGGUGAUGUUCACAUUCAACGGCCUCUGCAGCGCGCUCUACCACCUCUGCGACACGGACGGGUGGUGCGCGGCGCGCUACCCCACGCUGCAGUUCGCCGACUUCUACUCGAGCUUCCUGGCGGUGCUGCUGGCGUGUCUGCACGCCGCCCACAUGCCCAUCUGGCCGCGCUUCCUCUUCUUUGCCGUCACCGCCUUCCUCACCGCUGUCAUGGCCGUUGAUCACGCCACCAGUGGGUGGAGCAUCGUGCUGCUGCUGCUCUUCGGCGCCGCUGCCCUCAUCUCUGCGUGGCUCAUUCGCUUCGCUGCCCUCCGCCGCUCCUCCUCCUCCUCGCCCCCGCGCGUUGCUCACAGCGCUCUGCAAGACGUAGGCAUCACGCAUCAUCCCCUUGAGACCCACUCGCAUCAGCGGCUGAAGGGGGAUGAGGACCUGAGGGGCGAUGAUGACGUGGAGGGCGAUGAUGACGUGGAGGAUGAGAAUGGCGCGUCUGUGCUGCUGCCAGGCUGCACACGGGCCGACCAGCCUUCCGACCGAGCGAGCAGCUGGGACGGGUGCAGCAGCAGCAGCAGCGGCAGGAGUGGCAGGAGGUGGUCGCUUGGGGUUGCAUGUGCAAGCGGCGCACAGCAGCGGCCACCUGUGUGGAGAAGAGCUUUCCACUGGGCGCUGUGGCAGGUGGCCCUGCUCGUGCGUCUGCUGCGCGCGCACCUGGCGGCAUUCCACAUGCCGUCGCUGCUGCUGGGCGUGGCGGCGGCGCUGGUGGGCGGCAGCUGCUUCCUGGUGGAGGUGCCCGCCACGUACUGGAUCUGGCACAGUGUGUGGCACGUGUGCAUGUACUCCUCCGCCUUCUUCUUCAUGCUUGCAUCGCCCCCACCCAACAAAGGGGCCUCCUCCACGCCUCUCGCGCCGUCUCCACUCUCAUUGCCGCACAAGCAGCACCGCCCUCCGUUUUCCACCAGCCCCUGCGUCCAUGGCACCGUCGCUGACGCUGAUGGCUCCACCAGCGAUGGCUUCACCAAAAUCGGUUGGGCCCAAGAGAAUCGAGGCAGUGGUUGUUCGGCUGGAAGACAGGUGGAGGUGGAUGAGGAGAGAGGGCUCUUACUGAUACAUGACGACUUGUGACUCUAAAUCGUAGCUCCAAACUUGAUCUUCGUUAGGAAUGUAAUCUACCCUACCUCUAAGAAAAAUGGCGUGGUUUGUUGGUACAAAG